AUGUUUGGAAUUUGGAUCGCUACUCUCCUGUUCUUUGGCACAUCAACAGGGAAAGAAGUGUGUUAUGAACGGCUGGGGUGCUUCAAGGACGAUUUCCCAUGGACCCAGACUUUGUCUCGGCAGCUGGCAGGCUUGCCCUGGUCUCCAGAGGAGAUAGACACGCGUUUUCUGCUCUACACCAGGCGGAACCUCCAUGUCCAUCAGGAGAUCAGUGCUGUUAAUUAUUUGACUAUCCGGUAUUCCAACUUUGAGACAAACAAGAUAACACGCAUCAACAUACCUGGAUGGAAAACAGACGGCAAAUGGCAGCGAGAUAUGUGUAAUGCAUUGCUCCAAGUGGAAGAUGUGAACUGCAUUAAUUUAGACUGGAUCAACGGUUCGCUGGAGUAUCUCCACGCUGUCAACAACCUCCGAGUGGUCGGUGCCGAAGUGGCUUAUUUUAUCGAUGUCCUCGUGAAAAAAUUCGGAUAUUCCCCUUCUCAAGUGCACCUCAUCGGCCACAGCCUGGGAGCUCACGUGGCAGGCGAAGCCGGGUCACGGACACCAGGCCUGGGGAGGAUCACAGGGCUGGACCCCGCGGGGCCGUAUUUCCACAACACCCCGAACGAAGUCAGGCUGGAUCCCUCGGACGCCACCUUGGUCGACGUCAUUCACACCAACGCGGCCCGCUUUCUCUUUGAGUUCGGGGCUGGAACUAUUAAUGCUUGUGGUCACCUGGACUUCUACCCAAAUGGAGGGAAGCACAUGCCAGGAUGUGACGACUUCAUUACUCCUUUCUUUAAACUCGAUUUCAAGGCUUACAAGGAAGAAAUGGCUUCGUUCUUCGACUGCAAUCAUGCCCGAAGCCAUCGCUUUUAUACCGAAAGUGUUCUCAACCCUGAUGCGUUCAUUGCGUACCCUUGUAGAUCCUACGAGUCUUUUAAAGCAGGAAAUUGCUUCCAUUGUCCCAAAGAAGGUUGCCCAACAAUGGGUCAUUUUGCUGAUAGAUUUCACCUCAAAAACAUGAAGCCUAAUAGAUCGUAUUAUUUUUUAAACACAGGGACGGUUCCCCCAUUUGCCCGCUGGAGGCACAAGCUGUCUGUUAAGCUUGGUGGAAAUAACAUCACUCAGGGGAGCAUAUUUCUCCACGUUGGUGGAACAGCAGGGAAAACGGGAAGGCUUCUGAUCGCCAGUGGAGCACUACAGCCAGGCACAACUUACACAAAAUUCAUCGAUGUAGACACCCACGUUGGGAAUGUUACAAGUGUCCAGUUUGUUUGGAAGCCACAUUUCUUUGGACCAUCUCAGAAUAAGUUGGGAGCAGAAAAGGUGAUCAAUAAGUCUGGAAAAUAUGGACACAAAUCCGCAUUCUGCAGUCAGGACAUUUUGGGACCCAGAAUCACCCAGACCCUGAAGCCAUGCUAA